UCAACAACACAACGGACUCUUCUUUUUCAAAAUCAGAGAGAUAGAGAGAGAGAGAAAGAGAGAACACUCUAGAAUUCUUCAUCUCCUUCGUUUUCGAUUUUCGAAAUCUCUCAGUAAUCUCUCACUAGUUCGAUCUUACGAAGGUAUCCAUGGAGGUUAAGGAAGAGAAACUGUUGGAGGAGGAGCAACGAGUGCCGGAGAAGACGAUUCCGGUGUUCACUGUUCUUAAAAACGGCGCGAUUCUCAAAAACAUCUUCGUUGUGAACAGUCGCGAUUUCUCGUCGCCGGAGAGAAACGGUUCCAUGGUUAGCGGCGAUGACGACGAGGUAGAGGAGACUCUCGUCGUCGGUCGUCAUCCAGAUUGCGAUAUUCUCCUAACGCACCCUAGCAUUAGCAGAUUCCACUUAGAAAUCCGCUCGAUCUCAUCUCGCCAGAGACUCUUCGUCACGGAUCUAUCCUCUGUUCAUGGGACAUGGGUUAGGGAUCUGAGAGUUGAGCCACAUGCUUGUGUCGAGGUUGAAGAAGGUGAUACGAUUAGGAUUGGUGGUUCAACUAGGAUCUAUAGGCUUCACUGGAUUCCGUUGAGCCGUGCUUAUGAUUUUGAAAAUCCGUUUGUUUCACCACUUGAUGCGUCUAUGGUGAUGGAGCAAGAAGAAGAGAAUAUAAUGAUUGAAGCAGAGAGUCUAGAGGUUGCAAAACAUCAGUCACUAGUGAAUACUGGAUUAAGUGAUGAUGGAGAUCUACAUCUGGAUGUGACGUCAGAAGGAACUGGAUCAUCAGUCCCUAGUGAGGAUGAGGAUACAUAUGUUACCACGAGGGAGAUGUCGUUGCCACUUGCGUUUCCAAGUGUUUUGGCACUAGCUGGAGAUUCUGCCAGGUCACAAGAGCUUCAAUUCAAAGAAGAUUUGCAGACUUCAACAGAGUGGGACUUAGAUGUUUUAGAAGCCGGGGAAGAUAAGCCAAAGAGCAGCUCCUCCCCAAGUAAGCAGCAGAGUGGUGGCUACCUGGAGAGAUUAGGUUGUUCUGACCUUCUUGUCGCUGCAGAGGCUGAUGAGUGCAAUGUCAGAGGAGAUGGAGGUUUGCAUCUGAAUGUGAUUUCAGAGAGGAUGGAAUCAUCAGUGCCAAAUGAGGAGGAUCCAUUUCUAAAUAUAAUGAUUGAAGCAGAGAGUCUAGAGGUUGCAAAACAUCAGUCACUAGUGAAUACUGGAUUAAGUGAUGAUGGAGAUCUACAUCUGGAUGUGACGUCAGAAGGAACUGGAUCAUCAGUCCCUAGUGAGGAUGAGGAUACAUAUGUUACCACGAGGGAGAUGUCGUUGCCACUUGCGUUUCCAAGUGUUUUGGCACUAGCUGGAGAUUCUGCCAGGUCACAAGAGCUUCAAUUCAAAGAAGAUUUGCAGACUUCAACAGAGUGGGACUUAGAUGUUUUAGAAGCCGGGGAAGAUAAGCCAAAGAGCAGCUCCUCCCCAAGUAAGCAGCAGAGUGGUGGCUACCUGGAGAGAUUAGGUUGUUCUGACCUUCUUGUCGCUGCAGAGGCUGAUGAGUGCAAUGUCAGAGGAGAUGGAGGUUUGCAUCUGAAUGUGAUUUCAGAGAGGAUGGAAUCAUCAGUGCCAAAUGAGGAGGAUCCAUUUCUAGUUGCAAAGGAGACUUUAUCGCUACAACUCUCAACAGAUUCCAUUAAUUUAGAAAUACUACGGCUCACGGAAGAUGUUCAGGCGUCACCAGAGUUGUCCAUAAGUAGUGUAGAAGUCAACGCAGAAAUUCCAAGUAGUGGCUGCUCCCCAAGUAAGGGAAAGAUUGAUGACUGCUUUGAGGCUUCUAGUUGUUCUGCACCUGAGUUGACUAUAAAGGUUGAGAUUCUGAGCCUUCAUCCAGAAGUCAGUGAAGAAACUGAGUUAGUCACAAAGGAGGUUAUGGAAGCAUCUGCUAAACCACUAAGUAAGGCUGAUAAUAUGAGUCACGAAGAAAAUAGAGAAACUGAGGUCUCAAGGCAAGUUAUUGCAGUAUCUCCCAAUUCCUUCUCUCAAGCUGAGCCAACUUUGGAAAUUUUAACUGAUGAAGCUCCAGGCCUCCUAGGUUCUGAAGUCCUAAGUGAAGUGGCAGUAGAUACUGAAAUUGAGAACCUACUACAUCAAAAAAGCAAUGCAGAAACAAAGGCUGAUAUUCAGAAUCACAAAGACAAUGGAGAAAGUGAGGUCUCAAGGAAAGUUAUUGCAGUAUCUACCAAAUCCCUCUCUCAAGCUGAGACAACUUUAGAAAUUUUAACUGAAGAAGCUCGAGGCCUUGAAGUCCAGAGUGAAGUAGCCAUAGAGACUGAAAGGGAGAACGUACUACAUCAGACAAGCAAUGGAGAAGCCAAGGUUGGUUCAAGACAAGUCAGUGAAGUAUCUGAUUGUUUGUCCGCUGGAAACGAAGGUCUUUCAAGAAUCAAUACCGAAGAUAUCCAAAGUCUAUGCUCGAGUUGGCAGCCAAUGCCUGAGAGUGAAGUUGGGGCUCAAUCUGAGAUCUGGAAUGAUGUGAAUUCUGCAGGACAUCAGAAUACAAAAUCAGGAAUGACCAGAGAGAUUGGAAAAAUAUUUGAUGAAGGGAGCAGCUCGUGCCUUUCUGAGGUCCAACAAAGUGGUUCACAAAUUUUCUUGUCAACAUCAAAUCAGAAACCCAAACCAGAACUGUCAAUUGGCUCUGGGAGAUCUGAAAAAUAUUACAGCCUAAGCGAAAUUAAGGGUGAAGAAAGUACUGAUAAAUGGUGUCCAAUUCUUUCAACCUUGGCGGCAGAAACCUUUGGGGAUACAAAACCGAUUGAAGAACUGCCUUCUGAUGAAACUGGAAGUCAAGAAAACCAGACGCCACAAACAUAUACUGAUAGAGAUGAUGUACUGUCUGAGAUGGAUAGCUCAAGCACAUGCAACAUUUGGUCUAGGAGAGGAAAAGCUGCUUCUGUUCUUCAGAUCCGGACCAACAAGAGUGAAGGAAAGCAACAGUAUACUGGGAAACAACCAAAAGACAAGUUUCAUAGAAGACAGGCUCUAAGUGACAAGUCUAUUUCUCUCACUGUUCAUCAUGGUGCAGAAAAUCUGGAACCAGAGAUCUUUACUCCUGACAAGGAGAAUCUCAGCCCAAGUUCUCAUAUGUUAAAAAGAUUACAAGAAAUUGGUGACGUGAAAGAUAGCAAGAGCUCUUCAAAGCUUUCAGGAAGAUCAUGCUCGUCACUGGUUCAUUCAAAGCUUUCAGGAAGAUCAUGCUCGUCACUGGUUCAUUCCAGUAUCGCUAUUGUUGCUUCAGAGGCAUUCGCAGAACCAGAAAUAUUUACCCCAGAUAAGGAGAAUCUUACCCCAAACUCUCAUAUGCUAAAACGUUUGCGAGAAUUUGGUGAUUUUAAGGGUACAAAAGGCUCCUCCUCUAAAGCCACACGUAAACCAUUCUUUGAUCAUUUGGAAGCAAAUGUGAUGGCAGAACAGAAACCAGAAGAUCUACAGAGCAUGAGCAGCAAAUCGAAGGUGAAGCAUGAGCCUGUGGCACUGAAGAAGAAAGCUGAACGGGUGCCUUUUCAACCUCUACUUGACAAAUCUUCUUCCCAAAGUCAGUCAUACACUGAGGCUUCUACUGCAUCAGCGAGGAACAACAAUUCUAGAGGCAUUCGUUCUUCUUCUGUCCUUUCUGAUGGAAAGAGCAAGAUGAAGUGGACCAUUGUGCUGGACACUUCUUCACUCUUGGAUAAGGAGUCUAGGAAGCCACUGCACCUACUACAAGGUCUCAAGGGGACACAUCUGGUCGUACCAAGAACAGUGUUAAGGGAAUUAAAUGAGGUGAAGCGCAGUCGCAGUCUUCUCUUCAGAAGAAGAACAGAGAUGGCUUCUUCAGCUCUGGAUUGGAUCGAAGAGUGUGAGGUUAAUUCAAAAUGGUGGAUUCAAGUCCAGAGCCCAUCAGAGGAAACCAAAGCAACUGCACCGACCCCACCAGUCACUCCUCAGUCAAAUGGCUCGUUGGCAUUCCCGUUUUCACUUCACUGGAACACUUAUGCACCAGAGAUCGAUUCUCCUACAUCAGAAGAUCAGGUCCUAGAAUGUGCUCUUCUUUAUCGAAACCGUAACCGUGACGAAAAACUAGUUCUUCUUAGCAACGAUGCAACGCUCAAGAUCAAAGCCAUGGCAGAGGGUGUGAUAUGUGAGACGCCACAUGAGUUCUACGAGAGUCUGGUGAAUCCUUUCUCAGAGAGGUUUAUGUGGACAGAGAGCACGCCGAGAGGACGGACUUGGAGUCAUCUAGACGACGUCGUGUUGAGAGAAAGGUACAACAACCGUGCUUGUAGAAGAAAGUCAACAUACAAUGGAGGAGGAAGAGGAGAGAGUGGUGCAGCAGCUAAAGGCUUGAAGCUCAUAUUGCUCCAUAACUCUCACUACGGCCACACUCAUUGAUGACGCUUCAUCAUCAUCAUCAUCAUCAUCAUCAUCCAUCACUAUGGCGACAGUUCCUUCUGUCCAACUAAGCCAAAUAAUUCUACUCGCUUACUCAUGGUAAACAUAUGGAAUAGUGUUUUUAGAAUGAAUGACAUUUCUAUAAUGUGGCUGCUACUAUUAUUAUGACUUUUCUAAUUUUUUAAUUGUGGAAUCCAACG